UCAUCUGCUCUGUUGUCUGUUGUUCUUUAUCCUUCACUUCGCAUCACAGUAUUGAGUCAAGACUGGUCAAGACUGAAGAAAAAAAAAAGAUCCCGUGAGGGUUUCCUUCGUCAAAUAGAAACUCUAGUGGCCUUGAAAGUGUUUUCGCCGAGGAACUGCAGGGAUCUCUGCAAUCUGUAGAUUUUUUUUUCCUGUUGGAACAGGAUUGUCUUGUUGAUAAAGUGGAGAUAAUUCUCUCUGAAACAGCAACACUGCCAAUAAUUGCGUCGAGUUCUUGCAGUGUUUUGGUUUUUAUUGGGCCUGGUUUUUGGAAAUGAGUGUUUCCUCGAUGGACAACGGACAGACGGAGGAGAAUAAUAGGAAUAGGGACGAGGACGUGGGGGAUGCCUUUGGUUAUGGCAGGAACACUGUCAGCCCUCAGGCUGCACCCCUGCAGACAGCUCCUACUGAACGAUAUGCGAGUCAUUACAACAUGAGCCAUGCCAAGAGGGGACUCGCUAUUAUAUUCAAUCAUGAGUUCUUUACAGUGAGCCACUUGAAGCCGAGGUCGGGGACCAAUGUCGAUUGCGAGCAAUUGGUCAAUACACUGAAGGAUCUAGGGUUCGAGGUGAAGGAUUUCCAUAAUGCCACGCACAGGGACAUUGUGAAGAACUUGGAGGCUGUUGCCGAGAAGGAUCAUUCGAAUCACGACUGUCUGAUAGUCGCCGUUCUCAGCCACGGUGAAUUGGGUCUCCUCUAUGCCCAUGACACACCGUACAAGGCCGAUACAAUCUGGUCGUACUUCACGGCUGACAAGUGCCCAACACUCGCUGGGAAGCCAAAGAUUUUCUUCAUCCAGGCUUGUCAAGGAGACAAACUCGAUGGUGGUGUCAGUAUGAAAGAAAGAACUGAGACUGAUGGGCAUCCUACUGCCACCUUCAGGAUACCCUCUCAUGCUGACUUUCUCAUCGCUUAUUCUACCAUUCCUGGCUUCUACUCCUGGCGCAAUACAACUCGUGGCUCCUGGUUCAUGCAGGCCCUGUGCAUCGAACUCCGUGAGAAUGGCACUCGCUACGACCUGCUGACCCUCCUCACCUUCGUGUCCCAGCGUGUCGCCCUGGACUUCGAGUCCAACACCCCUGACAACAUGACCAUGCACCAGCAGAAGCAGAUUCCCUGCAUAACGUCUAUGCUCACACGUCUCAUCAAGUUCACACCCAAGAAUGGAUUAAUCAACGAUCCAAAAUCCACCUAGACUACAUGAUCACAUGUCACGAAUGGUUCCCCCAAAAAAAAAACAAUAAUUUUAGUAGUGAAUUGGUAAAACUAUCUGGGCCUGUUUCAACAUCAGUUUUUGGAAGAAAUCUUUGAAUCUCGAGGAGACAGCGGAAUUUUCGUUUAAAGCUUUUUUUAAGGGAAUGAUGAGAGCUACAAAAAAGUUCUGGGGGUAAUUUUGAUGUCUCGAGUAGAUUCAGAGAUUUUCAUUAAUAACUGAGGUAAAGAUCUUCUGUUAAACAGUUUUAUUUAAUUCUAUUAGUGUCUACGAUUAUCUCUGAGUAAAAAUUUAGAUAAUUUUAGUAAAUUUACAACUGAAUUGAGUUGUAGUGAAUGAUUCGAGUCAAUUCAAUUCUUAUUCUCAGAUAUUUAUGGAAAACUAAAUGCUUUAGUUCUGAAGUUCUCAAACGAUUUGAGUUAAUUUUUUUCCGGGAAAUCUCGGGAUCGAAUGGAGAUUGUUCUCUAAUAAAAAAAUUUCAGAUCUAAUGGAAAAUUUCUUCAAACUUUUUUUGCAGAGAAAAAUUACAGCAACAAAAAAUAUCUGAAUGGAAAUUUCACCAUGUUCCUUACAAUUGAAGAUAUUUAACAAAAACUCACCUAAAAACUAACUCAUUUCACAAUUUUUACAGUUGAACAGACUCAACAGAUUUUUCUACCAAUUCUCUAUUAAUCACCGCGAUGAAAACGUGCUUGAAUCACUUUCCACAACACGAUUGACAGAUUCACGAAUACGUUUGCAUUGAAAGGCAACUACUUAUGUCCAAUCGAUCAAUUAAAAUCAAUUAAAAUGAUUCAUUAUAAUCAGUAAUUCAGAAUCAAGUUCAAAAAGAUUGUAGAUCACGCUGGAUUUGAUCUACUCGACGCAUUUAGCGAUGAAAUAAGAGGUAAAAAGCCAAAUCAUCAAAAAAAAUGAUGAGACAAUUGGUACUAAAAUGUAGAUAAACCCAAUUGGGUAUUUUUAUCCACAAAAAAAUGAAUUUCCUUUCGUAAUUCGAUACUUCGACGAGUGAUUGACUGAAUUUUGUAAUUUUUACCGAGAAUUCGUGAUAUCUAUUCACUCUCGAGGUAUUUUUUAAAAUUGUAUCGAAGUCCUUAUUUCAUUCGAUCUCUGAAGUAAUUGCAAUUGUAGUUUAAGCCCACGUAAUUUGCCGAUAAAUAUGCUCAGACGUCGAGCAAUUAAAUUAGUAAUUAAACAUAUUAUAAACUCGGUGUGAUAACGAUUUCAAUCGAUCAAUAGUGCUGGUCAGCACGAGAAAGUCCUACCAUCGGUUGUUGAAUUUUUUUUUAUUUCUUUGAGGUGAAUUUAAGUCAAAACAAUCCCUAAACGUUUGAUUUCUCUUUACAUUCUUUCUCGCCAUUUUCAAAGCUCAAAGUAUUGCUGAAGGACCAGUUCUGCAUUUAUUUACGUUUUAUUAUUGCUCAAAACAACGAUGGUGGUCAUUAAGCCUUAAAAAUGUCUUUCACAGCGUUGAAAUGUAAAAAUUGUGAUAAUUGUACCAUGACUGCCAACUGCAUUAUCAAUAUUGUAUCUUUCGGGCGGUAUGUCAUCAUUGGAUUGAAAAUGAAUUGAAGAUAUCAUUGAGAGGAUCGUUGGAGAAUUUAUUCGACAUUAUGAUGAUCCUUUUAUUCAUGUGCGGGGCCUUCCAAAUUGAAAAUCACAUGGGAAUAUUUCACGAAAGAUUAUUUCGAUUGCAAAGUAUUCAGAAGUCUUUUGUGACGAACGCAAAAGCAGUUUUUUAUUAGGUGAAGAAUAUAGUGAACUGCAACAAUAGAAAUUGAGAAUGGAAACUGAGUAAAAAAGAAAAUUGAUGACAAAUUGAAUUUGUUGUUUUGUUGAUGGAAAUUUCACUCCAACAAUUUUUUUUAAUGAUGAAGUGUUUUUUUCGGGAUAUUUUUCAAUGUGAAUUUCAACUUGGGAUUCAACUUUGUAUGACGUAGGUUUUUAUACGUAUUUUCCAUAUGGCUGAUUGUACCGAGCUUUUUUUCGAAAAAUAAAAAAUUGUAUCACUUUGCAAGUGAAGGUAAUUAAAUAAAUGAGCAUAUUUGAAAGAA